AUGUUAUCACGGGAAACUCCAAUGAAGACUGAAAGCAAUGGUGUUUCGGCGAUAGCGUAUGGGCUGAAAACUGAAGCGAGCGGCGGACUAAAUGGACAUAGCAGAUCGUUGAGCUCCUCUCAUCGUCACGAUGCAGACCCUGUCUGUGUUGUGGGUUUAUCAUGUCGUCUCCCUGGUGGGAUAUAUUCGCCUUCCGCACUAUGGGAUUUCCUAUCCCAAAAGAAAUCUGCUCAGGGGCCAGUCCCAGAAGGUCGCUUCAACAUUAAGGGGUUCUAUCAUCCAGAUGCAAAGAGUGGGCGUGCUGGUGUGAUCGGUGCUGAGGGUGGCUACUUCUUGCAGCAUGACGUCCGUCAGUUUGAGAACAGCUUCUUCGGAAUCAAUAACCUAGAAGCGACGUACAUGGAUCCGCUGCAACGGCAACUUCUCGAGGUGGUUUACGAGUGCCUUGAAAAUGCCGGAGUAUCUAUGGAGACUAUUUCAGGCACCAAGACCGGAGUCUAUGUUGGCAAUUUCACUCUAGAUUUUCAAACAAUGCAAGCUCGAGACCCAGACUAUAGCUCAAGGUACAUCGCUAGCGGUUCAGGUACGGCUAUCCUGUCAAAUCGAAUUAGCCAUGUAUUCAAUCUGCAUGGGCCAAGUUUCACGCUAGACACAGGCUGUUCGGCAUCGAUGUACUGCAUUCACAAUGCCGUCCGCGCUAUCCAGUCCCGAGACUGUGACAGUGCUAUCGUUGCCGCUGCCAACCUGAUUACAUCCCCGGAGCAACAUAUGGGAGCCUGGGCUGGCGGAAUCCUCUCAUCCGAAUCUACCUGUCGCACUUUCGACGUAUCCGCAGAUGGCUACGGCCGAGGCGAGGCAGUAAACGCUGUAUACCUAAAACGCCUUUCCGCUGCGCGUAAGGAUGGCGAUAAAGUCUGGGCUGUGAUUCGAGGCGCGGCAGUAAACGCGAACGGGAGAACCCCUGGGAUAAUGCAGCCAAGCAGCGCUCUCCAAACCGCCGUAAUACGACGGGCAUAUGAAGACGCAGGCCUUGACUUGAGAGGCACUGAUUACGUAGAAUGCCAUGGAACAGGAACCGCGAUUGGUGACCCUAUAGAAAUCGAUGCUCUGGCGUCUUGUUUCUGUCCUCGUGACGGAGAGUCCCUACGAAUUGGAUCGGUCAAAACCAAUCUUGGACACAGCGAAGCGGCCAGUGGUCUUACGUCCCUCAUUAAAGUUGCAUUGGCAUUUCAUAAUGGCUGCAUUCCACCAACCGUUGGCGUAGAGAGGCUGAAUCCCGCACUAAAACUCGAAUCACGAAACCUAAAAGUCGUUACUGAGAUGGAGAAGUGGCCCCGGGAGCUGCGUCGAGCGAGCAUUAACUCAUUUGGGUACGGGGGAGCAAAUGCGCACGUUAUCGUCGAGUCUAUAGAAUCUUUCCAGCGCAAUGAUAUGGUUUACGAAUCGUGUCCUGCCAUAGAGCGCGAAGGGCUUAGGGCUUAUGUGCUACCGAUAUCCGCUGCUUCGAAACAGUCCCUUCGAACGCGUGUCGAACAAGUAUCCCAGAUUGUUCAGCACUCAGGUCCGAAUAUUCUCCAAAGGCUCCUUUUCACAUUGACAGAGCGCCGCUCUCACUUGAGAUACCGGGAGUGCCUAUUAGCCUCAUCUCCGUUUGACGAUAGCGCCGCUUCGGGUGAGAUAAAACCGUUCAACGUUCAUGGCCCGACGUCCACAGCGGCGCCUGAUUUCGCUUUUGUUUUCACUGGCCAAGGUGCGCAGUACGCAGGAAUGUCCCAUGAACUGCUCAGGAGUAAUAAAAUAUUCCGCGAAACAAUACGCAGACUUGACCAAGUACUUGGGGCUUUGGGACCUUCUUGCAAGCCAGAAUGGACUAUAGAGCAUUCCCUUGCACAGUUGGACACUGACGAAGUGAAUAAGGUAGCACUAAGCCAACCUCUUUGCACCGCUGUCCAGAUCGGACUUGUCAACAUUUUGCACAGUUGGGAUGUGUCUCCCUUUGCUGUGGUUGGUCAUUCUUCCGGCGAAAUUGCUGCGGCAUAUGCUGCCGGUAUCAUCUCUGAAGCACAGGCCAUAAUCACAGCACAUCUCCGUGGUUAUGCAUUAGAUCACACACCACUGGAGAAGUCGGCCUCUGGCGCUAUGCUAGCUGCUGGGAUAAGCGCCGAAGCUGCCAGGAGUCUCAUCAGGGAGAACGGAUGGUAUGGCAAGGUAUCCAUUGCCUGUAUCAACGCGCCCGAAAGUGUGACAUUAAGUGGCCCCUUAAGAGAUAUUAUUCAGUUAGAGGAUAAGAUCAGGGGACUGCAUAGAUUUGCUCGUUUGUUACAGACGGGAGGCUGGGGUUACCACUCACCGAUGAUGCAAGCUGCUGGGCCACUUUACGAGCGGCUACUCAGAGAGAACCUUGAGAACAUUAACGACCCUACACACUCAGGCAUAAAUGUCGACAUGUAUUCCUCUGUCGGCGAGCCAGGCGACGAGCUUAGAGUCAUUCGCAAGCCAGUUGAUAUGACCACAUAUUGGCGACACAACCUUGAGAGACCGGUACAGUUCCAUAGCGCUCUGGAGAGGCUGAUAUCUGAAAGAAACUGCCAUUUGAUUGAGAUUGGACCCCAUUCGGCUCUGAAAGGGCCAAUCCGGCAGACCCGUACCCAUCUCAACCUAGACGAAGAUCAUCUUCCCUACAGCCCUACUUUGAUUCGAGGGCAGGAUGCAGAGAUGUGUAUGAUGAGUCUAGCCGGCAAUCUCUUUGUUCAUGGUCAUAGACUUAAGUGGUCCAAGGUUAAUGAUUUGUCGACAAUAAACCUCAAACAUCUUCACGACCUUGCACCAUAUCCAUGGGAUUAUGGCGAGCUACUCUGGAACGAACCUCGCGCCAGUGUAGAGUUACGCAACAGGAGUCAUCCGCGUCACGAGUUAUUGGGCUCAAAGCAACUUGCUGGAGAUGGAAUUCAUUGGAGCUGGCGCAAUAUCUUGCGUCUACACGAGAUGCCUUGGAUGCGUGAUCAUAGGCUGGAGGAUCAAGUUGUAUUUCCGGCCGCAGGAUAUCUCGCUAUAGCAAUCGAGGCAAUCUCACAGAUUCGUAAUCCCAACAAUCAUACCCAACAUGACGUUUCCGGCCGGCUCCUAUUUCAGUUCCGCAAUGUCGCCAUCUCUAGGGCACUUUUCUUGCGGGAUGACCAUGAAGCAAGCCAAGAGACCACGGAGCUUCACACGACGUUGUCACCUCACAGAUUAUCAACAACGACACUGUCAUCAUCUUGGUAUCAUUUCGUGAUUGCUUCAUGGUCUACAGGCCAUUCAACCGUUCACUGCGUGGGCGAAAUUCGCGCAGAUCUAAAGGUUGACUUUCCAGGAUCGGCUAUGAUCUUGGGGGCAGAUACAUUCGAGAAGUCGGAUCCCCAACGAUGGUACGAGAAGAGUAGAGAGAAUGGGUUUGGCUUUGAGAAUUCGUUUAGAUCGCUUGUUAGUGUUGCAACAGAUGGAAACCGGAUGAAGCCCGAGAGCGCUUGUUUGACUAAACUCACCCCUCCUGUUGCCAAUCUUCCUCAUGCCACCCACUAUCCCAUCCAUCCUAUUACCAUUGAUGCCUGCAUCCAGGCUGGCAUUAUCGCUGGUACAAGCGGAAAUCUCAAUGUCAUGGGGGCAUGGCUACCGAUUUCUAUCGAAAAAGCUCGAAUUCGCACCCUUGGCCGUAGUGACCCUGAUAGUGACGGCGAGAUACAUGCAAACUCGACAAAAACGGGACUUUCUACCCGAAGAGCAGACAGCACUCUGAGGAACCGGAAUGCCGAGGUAAUCGUAGACCUUUUGGGUUUACGAUUGUCGUCGUACACACAGAAGAAGUACACAUCUGAUAGUGCCGGUGACGGGCAACAUCGACGCCACCCGUGUUUGCGCGCGAAAUGGAGCCCCGAUAUUACGAGACUUGACCAUGCUUCCGAAUCUCAAAUUAACGACUACGUCAGUAAACAAAUCGGUCCAAAACGCCCCAGCUCCGCGGAUAAUAUCGAUGAGUAUCUUCUCUGCAUGGGCGUCUUGUUAGAUCUCGCAGGCCAUAAGAACCCAAGGCUUCGUGUAUUGGAGAUAGGGGCGGAGUGCGGGACAAGGACCAAGUAUUUACAAGACAUUUUGUCUCUAAAUGACGACUACCCGCGUUGUCGUUCAUGGUCCGUAGCUACACCUAGUGAAGUCGGAAACAUCGAAAUCGAGGAGCGUCUUAGAGGGCAAUUUGACGUCAUCCUUAUCCCAGAGCAUUUAACAUCGCAACAAUGGUUGGUACAGUUUCCAGAACGGCUGAGGACUCUAAUUGGACACCAUGGAAUCAUGAUCAUGAGCAAACCCGACGAAGCGUGCGCUCAGCUGUUUCCUUCCGAUUUGCCUGUUAAAAGACAUAUUCUCGAAGGGAAAGAGAUCGUAAUAGUCCUGCACAAACCUUCGGUGGUAACAUUGCGCUUCGCAGAUUGCUUAAAGGAAUAUAUGAAACAGCUGAGUGUUGGGAUGGGAAAAGUAGCAACUGUCCUGCUUGAGAAUCUCGUCGAUUGUCGGCUUAGUAGAAAUACCAUCUGCAUUUCCAUGUUGGAGAUUGAACACCCCUUUUUGGCCACUAUGGAAUCAGCAGACAUGGACCGGCUACGUCGCAUCACCGAGGUCGUAUCGGACCUCAUUUGGCUCACUAGCGCAGACGCUCUAGGCAGGAGUAAUCCGGAUUUGGAAUUAUGCUCUGGACUUUUCCGUGCACUUAGGCUUGAGCAGCCGUCCUUACGUUGUCUUGUCAUGGAUAUUGGAUUGCUCGAUGUUUUGUUUCGGGACGUACAAACUACCUGUGAGAACAUCUCAAGUUGUCUCAGUGAAUCAGACGAUACAGAGCUUGUCCAGAAGGAUGGGCUUAUUCAUAUAAGUCGAUAUUAUCCAGACGCUGAACUAAACUCUCUAUUUACGCGUCGAAUGUCAAUAGACAAAACCGAGGCGGUAAAAGAGGAGGCCUUGGUCGAAGCCUCACCAAUGCAGUUAUGUAUUGGUCAAACCGGGCUCACCGGCUCGAUGCACUUUGUACAAGUUCGAAACCCACCUACACAGCCCCCUGCUGGCUUCGUUGAUGUGGAGAUGAAAGCUGUCAGUCUGAACGCUAAAGACGUUUAUGUGAUGCACGGCCGCGUGGAGACUAGAGACGCAACGACCUUACUUGAGUUCAGCGGCGUUGUUGUAGCGAUCGGUUCGGACGUUGACCACCUAAAGCCAGGUGACAGGGUUGUUGUCAUGGCACCAAACCACUUUACCACUGUGGAACGUGUGCCGGCAUGGACAGCUCAAAGGAUUUAUCCGUUCGAAGAAUUUGGCAUCAUGGCGACUCUACCGUUGGUGUAUUCUACGGCCCUGUACGCUUUACAUGAUCGUGCCAGUUUAAAAAGGGGUGAGUCAGUCUUGAUCACCUCGGGGGCUGGUGCUUUAGGAAUGGCACUUAUCACGAUCGCCCAACGAAUAGGCGCAGUGAUAUAUACUACCGCCGGCUCGCAAGUGAAGCGUGAGUUCCUGAUACAGAGGUUUGGUAUACCGAGCUCUCACGUCUUCCCCUCGCACUCGUCAUUUGUCCAGGAUAUACUAGCUUCGACAAAGGGGCGCGGAGUUAAUGUAAUUGUGAACUCGUUGAUGGGCGAUUUGAUGCAUGAAAUUUGGAAUUGCGUUGCCCGAUUUGGGCGCUUCGUGGAGGUGGGUAAGCGAGAACUGGUAGAUGCGGGAAGGCUAAACAUGCGUGCCUUUUUAAAAAACGUUACGUUUACGGCCUUCGAUCUCACUGAAUUAUACUAUGAUGAAGAUCAGCAUAACCGAGACAUGUGGGCAAGUAAGCUGAAAGAGGUACUUGAACUAUACCGGUCGGGACAGAUUCAUGAAACUCCCAUUCGAACUUUCGAUAUUGCUGAUACAAUUGAGGCAUAUCGACACUUUUCCAGUAAGGAUCGGAUAGGUAAGGUGGUUAUCUCGCUCGAGAACCCCAACAGUCGCAUUCCGGUUACACCAGCAAGAUAUCGUACAGUAUGUAGCUCCGAGAAGGUGUAUCUUCUGAUAGGCUGUCUUGGCGGCUUGGGCCGUAGUCUUAGCCGGUGGUUAAUGGAGCGAGGGGCUCGCAACUUUUGUUUUCUCGGAAGGUCUGGUUGCGAUAAGCCAGAAGCGCAAGCACUUGUGCAACGACUACAAGCUGCAGGGGCAAAGGUGACGGUAGUUCGAGGUGAUGUUUCUUGUUUCGACGAUGUACUUGCUGCUGUAUCAGCUUGCAAAGCAUAUCGCAUUGGAGGCGUCGUACAGGCAGCUAUGGGACUUCGAGAAGCUUUGUUCAGUCGUAUGACCUCUGAGGCAUGGCAGACUGCUGUCCGGCCAAAAUGGGCUGGCACGUGGAAUCUCCACAAUGCUCUCGAGGGACAUGAUUUGGACUUUUUUCUGCUAACAUCUUCCAUGUCUGGGAGCGUGGGGACUGCGGCUGAGACCAAUUAUUGCGCCGCAAAUAGCUUUCUAGACGCAUUCUCCCGCUGGCGCCGCUCUCAGGGUAAGCCAGCCGUAUCGGUCGGCCUGGGUAUGAUUUCAGAAGUGGGAUACUUGCACGAAAAUCCAGCCGUAGGAUCUCUCUUGAUGAGAAAAGGCGUUCAGCCGCUUAGUGAAGAAGAGUUUUUGCAGGUAAUGGAUAUGUCACUCGCCAGAACAGGAGAUGCAUAUAACGACCCCGCAGCAUCUCAUAUCCUCACAGGCCUCGAACCGUUUGGUGUUCGCAAGCUAAUGGCCAAAGGCUAUGAAGUGGAUUUCGUCGUCGGAAAAGAUCCACGUCUCGGUAUCUUGUCAGCCGCAGUCGAAACGGAAAAAGAAGGGGGGUUGAGGCCGCAAAUUAUCGAUCAUUUGGAUUUUCAGGGGAUUGGUCCGCCGUGGCUCUCAGCUGUGCCAUCCGGGGUGGCAAGUUCUUUCAUGGCUGUUCUAGAUGCUCCGUCUCUCCAAGCGGCCGUUUUACUUUUGAUGAAGAAGCAGUUUUCAAACCUCAUACUUUUACCUGUCAACAAGCUUGAUGACUGUGCGCCGCUUCCACAAUACGGUGUGGAUAGCAUGAUCGCGUCCGAGUUUCGUACGUGGUUUUGGCGCGCUUUGGAAGUAGACAUACCAUUCCAUGAUCUCUUGAGUCCUCAGAAAGACCUACGGGGUUUGGCUCAUUUUGUGAGCACAAGUUGGAUAAAAACUUCUCACUCGGAUAAAUGA